AUGGAAAACCAACAGAAAGAUUGUCAUUACGAGGAACUCUCGCCAACUGCUUCUGGUUCAACGCAAAACUUCGGUGAGGAGGCCGAAUCAUUUCUAGACAGCAACAUUUACAACCGCUCGGGUGCUCCUAUCUUCCACAAAACCUUGGCAGCAUGGUGGUUUCUGGUAGUACUACACAUUCUUGUGUUGUUCACCGCCGCCAGUUCUCUCGCGGUAGGGCUCAACAACCGCUCUCAAGAGAAUGGCCAACUAGCGUACUUCUUGAAGACUUCAACAGGGAAAAGCUAUCCGGAGACUAUAGUCCAAACGUAUUGGGACUAUGACGACGACUUCCUUAAUCAUAAUGUUACCAUUGCUACAGAGUUUUGGAAGUCACUGUUUCCUGAAGGCGACGGAAUUGUGGCUCUGAAUGAUGAUCAAGUCAAAUCUCUUGGUCUUAUCCAAUCUGCGCGCGCAUUCCAGGACCCAUCUAAGAGUGUGUAUCUUGUAGCUGCCUUUCACCAACUUCACUGCCUCAGCCAGCUAAGGUCGUUGAUCAUCAAGGCUCAUCAAGAUCCCGCGUUCUCAUUUCCCGACGCAACGUACUAUCACACAAUGCACUGCGUCGACGUUGUCCGUCAGGAGAUCCUUUGCCACGCUGAUGGCACGCUCAUCUACAAACGACAGGAGGACAAGUAUCCUGGCGAUGGUGGCAUGCGCGUGUGCAACAAUUUUGACGCUCUCACUCACUGGACGAGGGAGCAUGCAUACAAGUCUUUUCCAGGAGAUGUUCAGAUUGUCCCUGGGCACUCCCAUUGA